AUGCGACUUCCGGGUACGAUCAACAUUGUGAAUAAUGAAUUGCCGAGUCCAGAGUUUCUGGCUAAAUAUGCACUCCUCAAGCAGAAGCGAAAAGGCGCGAAACGUGGCGCAACAAAGGGAAACAAGAAUAGAUCGGACAAUAAGGCCUCGGGAAACUCAAGUGGCGGCGGAGACAAUGUAAAAGGGAACAAAGACGACAACGGAAAGGCUAACAAAGAUGACAACGAAAAGACGAACAAAGAUGACGACAGAAAGACGUACAAAGAUGGCAACGGAAAGACGAAUAACGAUAACAACGUUGAGAAGAGCGAUUUCACUGAAGCUCAAGAUCAAGCUUUGAUCGAGCACAAGCUUCAUGAUAUGGCAUGGAAAGCAAUUGCCGCAGACUUGGGUAAGAACGUGGCCCAAGUUAAACAGCGAUUUAAGCAAAUCAAACCAGCAGAUUUCGACGCACGACACUCUGAAGCUCUGGCAGCAAAGAAGGCGAAGCAGCAGCGGGAUGAGAAAUCUGAUGCUAAUCAGAACGGUGGAGAGAGGAGCAACGAUCGGGACAAAAAAGACAAAGGGAUACAUAAUGGUACCGACACGAACGCAGGUCAAGAGAGUGGAUCUACUGGUAAGAAAAAAAGCAAAGCUGAUGGUAGAGAAGAUGCCCAGAAAGACGAAAAUUGGUGGGAACAGCCGGAUAAGAACUGGUCGAAAGAAGAGCUUGCGGCCCUGCUACAUAUUUCGAACGAAGAGCUGGUCAACGCUUUUGCUCAGAUUUCGUUGCGUCUAGCGGAAGAGGAGGGCAAGCAAGUGCAUCCAGCAUCAAUUGCUGAGAAGAUUUUAGGCUCGAAGCCAAAAUGGGCGUGA